CUCCCUCCCCCUGGGGAUUGGUGAAGCAGCACUCCCCUUGACCGUCUCGCAGACGCCCAGUGGCCCAGCAGCUGUUCUCUCUCUCAGCGAUUUGGCAGCAAAGGCUGCUGGUGUGGGGGUGGACGUGCAGGCAACGUCUUUGUCCAGGCUGGGACUUUUCUCUCUGGGUCUCCCUGUUUUUCCCUUUGUGUCUUGCUUUCUGCUUUGUUCCCUCCAUCGACAGAUGUCUCUUCCAUCUUCCCUUCUCUGUCGGCCUUAUUCUUUCUUUGCAAAGGAGUGACAUGGCGUUCAAAUAUAGUUUAAACAAAACAAACAUGAAUAAUAAUCGUCUGUAGAUCUAAAAAUACAAUCUCUGUAUGUGUAAAGGAAGGAAACGGUGAAUGAGGUUGCAUCAUCUAUUCUUUUGCUGACCUCCACAUCACAAAAAUGGCUUUGUUUUGGUUGUCAGGACAUCAGCCAUGCUCAUGCUACUGGCAGGGGCCUCCCUCGACUUUGCUGCAAAUGUUUCUCUUCUCUCCCUCUCACAUAUACAUGCACAGGGGUGUGCGCAUACAGACACAUACACAUCAGCAUGCUUGCAUGCUGGUGAUUCGUCAGUGUCAGGCUCAUUCUGCCUUCCUUCUGCCUACAGAUUGGAGGACUGAGGUAGCGAGGGAGGGCUGAGGGAGAGGAGAGUUGCGAGGCAAAACGGCUGGUCACAUGAGCAGAGAUCUGUUUACAAACCCAGAGCAGAGCAGGGGCAAGGGGAGGAAGGGAAAGGCGAAUUGCUGGCUGUCUCUGAGCACCAUUUCGGAUUGAAAGAGGAAGAGGGGAAGCCUGCCCUGACAAAGCCAGCUGGAGGUGGAAGAGUCUGAAUAUGACACGCGCAGACACACACACACCGCCUUUGUCUCAGCUUUUUUUUCUCAAUUGAAGGAGCAGAUGGUUAGAGGGAGAGUAGGAUCCCCCCUACGCGCACAUGCACAUGCACACACUAAGUGACACGCAAAACCCACACUCACCAGCAAAACACCCCAGCUAGAGGACUGUUGUUGAUUGCAUGGAGCUGCCUUCACUUUGUUUGGGCUUUGAGGAAAGCAGCACAUCCUUGCCUUCUAUACUGAGGAGGAAUACCCGCUGCAAGAUCAGAGGACUGGAGGAGGAGACAACAGAGGAGUGGGGGAUGAGACUUGUGAAAAUCCUCUGUUAAAAAAAGCAGCUUUAGGAGGAAGACAAAGCCCAGACUAAUGCCAGAUAAUUACCUUCAUUGGACGAGGACUGUCACUUUGAGCGGUGGAUGUCAUUGAAUUUGGUGAGGAGACAACACUGCAGACGCAAAGUAUAGAAGCCCAUUUCUGCUUGAAAUGAGCACAUGAGAUCUUCGCUCCCGGUCCAAACCCCAGUCUUAAAUCUCCCAAUCCUUACACGGAGUGGUUAAUCCAGAUUUGGGAAUGCUGGGCAGCACAGACUGCUGAGCCAACCAAACCACACCUCCCAAGGAUUUGUGGAAUCUGAGCAAAUCUGAAAAUCUUGACGCUUGUUUUUUGAGGAGCUGACACAACCCAACAAAAGAGUGAUCCAGCUCAGAGGGACUCAAUCCAGGUUCCAAACAGAUUCAGUGUCCGAAGCUUCGGACCACGAGCGUGUCUGGUCCCAGCCUUCUCCGGACAGGGCCUGGAUGUACUGCUGCUGCUCUGGGAGUUAAAUUUCAUGUUACCAUCUCAAUGGUGUAACGGAUGCCUGUGUGGUUUGGGUUCCCAGCGCUCUGAACACUACUGCAGCAUGGCGUCUGACAUCUAUCACCUCCCGCUCAAUGUCUAUGUCAUUGUGCUGGGCAUCGGCCUCUUCGUCUUCAUGCUCAGCCUCAUCUUCUGCUGCUACCUUUUCAGGUUGAAACAACAAGGAACAAGGGAGCAGUUCAGCUACAAUGAGGUGGUGCUGAAGGGAGCAAGCAAGAAACUGAGCCUUCUAGGACAAACCUGUGCGGUGUGUUUGGAAGAAUUCAGGACCAGAGAUGAACUGGGAGUGUGCCCGUGCUCCCAUGCAUUUCACAAGAAGUGCCUCCUUAAGUGGCUGGAGAUCCGCAGCGUGUGCCCCAUGUGUAACAAACCCAUCCUCCGGCUCCACACAGACGCUCAGGGUGCUGAGGGGCCAUUGGAUCCGGAGGAGGUGUGAGGGAGCUGGGAGAGACGAAACCGGACUCCCCUUACAGAAAACACACAUUAAAUACACUAGGGAUAAUGGGCAGCGGUCAUCCGAAAAACAUCUCACAAGAAAUGUUGAUAGUGAUC